AUGAUGAGACAGGCAACCAUGGAUUUCAGCACUCCAUCUGUGUUUGAUCAGCAAAAAGGUGAUUCAUCUGAAGAAGUUGACCUGACCAUGGUUUAUCAGGCAGCAUCUAACGGAGAUGUCAAUGCUUUGACUGCCGUGAUUCGGGAAGACCCUUCCAUCCUAGAAUGCUGUGACAGUGAAGGAUGUACACCCUUAAUGCAUGCAGUUUCUGGACGUCAAGUGGACACAGUGAAGCUGCUGUUGAAGAUGGGAGCCAAUAUUAACAUGCAGGACGCUUAUGGCCGCACAAGUCUAUGCCUGGCAACCUAUCUGGGUUGGCUGGAAGGCUGUGUGAGUCUACUAAGAAAUGGUGCCAAGCACAAUAUCCCUGAUAAAAAUGGCCGUCUGCCACUGCACGCUGCCACCGCUGAGCCCGAUGUGAGACUCUUAACAGUCCUGGUACAACAGUCAAACCUCAACGAGAUUAAUCACCAGGACAGUGAGGGAAUGACACCACUCCACUGGGCAGCUUUCCACAACCGGCCUCAACACACCCAAAUGCUGCUGAAGAAGGGGGCAGACCCCACCCUUGUGGAUAAAGACUUUAAAACGGCUCUCCACUGGGCUGUGCAGAGUGGAAAUAGAAUUCUGUGUUCCAUCAUUCUGAGCCAUCACCAGGGUCCGUCCAUAAUCAACUACGACGAUGAGAGUGGGAAGACGUGUGUGCACAUCGCCGCAGCAGCAGGUUUCAGUGACAUCAUCAACGAGCUGGCAAGAUUCCCUGAGUGCAACCUUCAGGCUCUGGAUGUGGACGACAGGACACCUCUGCACUGGGCUGCAGCUGCAGGAAAGGCAGACUGUGUGCAGUCACUGCUGGAGCUGGGCAUAGACAGCAACCUGCGAGACAUCAGUGAGAGCACACCCCUGGCCUACGCCCUGUACUGCGGCCACACGGCCUGUGUCAAGCUCCUCUCCCAAGAGAGCAGAACAGAGCCUACUCGACCCCUUCCUUCCCAGAAGAGUAGACCCCAGAAGAAGGAGGGACGAUUCAGCAUGCUCAAUCAAAUCUUCUGCAGGAACAAAAAAGAAGAGCAGAGGGCCUAUCAGAAAGAUCACAGCAGGGACUGGCACAGGGGGGAGCCCACCUCGGAAGUUGAUGACAUCAUCACCACCUUUGACAGCAACGUGGAUACCAACUGCCAAGAACAGCCUGGUGAUCGGGUGGCUAUGGUUGACUUUAAGAAGAGGACCUCAGAGAAUUCAAAAUAUCACUUGCCAGAAAAGAAGCCCCUGGCCCAUAAAGGGCUUCCACCAAUCAGAACGCAGAGUCUCCCACCCAUCACCCUAGGCCAUAACUUCCUGACAGCCUCCCAGGGGGCCACUUCCCAUGCUGGCCUGAGCUCUGGUACUCAUCAUGCUGCCCAGCAAUCUCAGAAAAGCCGAAGUGAGCAGGAUUUAUUGAAUAACAGAACUGGCUGCCAGGUAUUGCUCGAUAACCAGGUGUUCUAUAAAGCUUGGACUGUGUCUUCUUCUGAUAAGCUGCUAGACAGGUUGCUUACCAGCAGAUCCAGUCACCAGGAGGUGUCAUGGCCGCCACAUCUUCCUCAUCUACAUAAUCCUUCAUCAGGACAAAAUUUUCAGCAUCUCUCCCCAAACAGACCUAAAAUCUGGGAUCUUCCUUUCACCCGGAACAACCUGGCUCCCCUACCAGACCAAAAAUUUCUAUCUGGAGAACCUCUACGGACAAACCGAGUGCUUCCUGCUAUCCCAAGCCAGCGGGGACACAGCCCACCAGCUGAAGAGAGUGAAAACUCUGCCAGUUCCACCAGUGAUGAAAAUUAA